AUGGACGCUACUCAACCGCAAUACGAACUAUCCGUAGUAACACAAUGCCUAAAGUCUGCCAUUGACGUCAUCCAAUGGUUGAUUCCUACUAUUACUAAGUUCAGCCAAUCACACCCGUUAGUUUUCCAACUAUUGUUUAUUUUCUUCACAUUUUAUGUCUUUUACAAGUUGUUGAUGAACUUCAUUACUCUGGUCAAAAGAUUCCUGUAUUUGACGUUGGUAGUAACAUGUAUCGGUAUUUAUAUGCGUGGUUCGCAGCAGUUUUUGACUGUGGACCUGUUGAAUUUCUACAAUUUCGUCAUGUCAAAUAGAUACUACGCAUUUAAAAUUUAUACUCUGUUUAUUAAUGCCCUGGAAAGAGAAAUCAACACUGUUUAUCAUUUGGCGCAGAUGAAAAUGGAACAGUUGCUUAAAUAG